AUGGCUUCCCUUGCGCAGCCCUCUACCUCCGUCACUUCUAGCAAGCGACGAAGAGCUACCGAGUCCGAGUCCGAUCAUGGUGCUUUAACUUUCAUCACAUCAUCAUUUAUCGGUAUCCCCUCUCAAACAGCUCGCUCUGCAGAGUUCUGGUUCGAAGACGGGAACAUCAUUAUCCAGGCGGAGAAAACACAAUUUCGGGUCUACCGCGGUGUACUAUCGCGUCAUUCUGUAUACUUCAAGAACCUCUUUGGAGAGCCGGAGUCUAAUGACAAAUGUCUGGUGGAUGGAUGCUCCGUGGUGCGCGUCUCGGGAACUGAAGUUGACUGGUGUAAGCUCCUGCAGGCGAUACACGACUUCAGCCAAGUCAAAAAUGCCUCUUAUUCCUGGCCUCAGCUAAUUUCACUGCUUCGUCUUGGACACGCGUACCAGUUCGACGAAAUACGAAGUGCAAUCAUCGCGCAAAUGAGCACCAUGUUUCCCAGCCAAUUGCACGAUUGGGAUAAUGCACUUGCGAUUCCCAUAGACCCAAAGGUUCCACCGGUAUACUUAUUCGAAGUUGCGAAGGUAGCAAUCGAGACGGGUCAGAAAAUGCUUCUGCCAGCGCUUUACCUGCAGUGUCUCCGAACACACGGAUUGGAAAUUAUAUAUACAGGCCUAAGGCCGCCUUCUAACCCUGUUUUGCAACUCUCAACAUUGCCCGCUGCUGUACAAAGUAAUCUGUCGGUAGGCAGAGAACGGCUGCUUGUCCAGUCACUUGAACUGUUCGCUUUGUAUCCCCUCAAGUCUCCGGACGGAGAUGACAGGUGUACAAAUCCUGCAAAAUGUACACUUCGACGAACCGAGGCCACAGCGCGGAGAAUGGCUCAAAUUGUCAAAGAAAUUUUCCCUGAUAACGGAGACGUGGACACAGGCUUUUGUGAUUACUGCACGCAGAUAGUUGUUGAACGGAAACGAGAUGGUCGGAAACGGCUGUGGGAUGCGUUGACCUAUAUGUUUGGUUUGCCUGUUUGGACAGAUUUGGUUGUUGAGUAG